AUGAUAAAUGCAAUCCAGAACAGAUGGACCGGGACAAUCAAACCACAGUAACAGAGUUCAUCCUCCUGGGACUGACAGAUCAUCCACAGUUGCGGGUCUUCCUCUUUGUGCUGUUCUUUAUGAUCUAUGUCACCACCCUGGUAGGGAAUUUUGGGAUGAUCACAGUGAUCAGAGUCAAUCCCCAGCUUCACACUCCCAUGUAUUUUUUCCUUAGUAACUUGUCUAUCCUUGAUCUCUUCUACUCUUCAGUCUCUGCUCCCAGGUUACUGAUUGAUUUCUUAAUGGAGAGAAAAAACAUUUCUUAUGGUGCAUGUAUUGCUCAGUUUUACUUUUUUGCUCUUUUAGUGGCCACAGAAGCAUUUCUGCUGGCUGGGAUGGCAUAUGAUCGUUAUGUAGCCAUUUUUAAUCCUCUGCUCUAUACUGUUGCUAUGCCCAGGAGAGUCUGUAUACAGCUGGUUGCUGGAUCCUACAUUGGAGGGCUCACAAACUCACUGGUACACACUUGUGGAUUACUGGGACUGCCAUUCUGUGGGCCUAAUGUCAUCAAGCAUUUCUUCUGUGAUCUUCCUCCAUUGCUGGAACUUGCCUGUUCUGACACCUACAAAAAUGAGACUCUGCUCUUAGUCUUCUCUGGAGCUAUAUCUGCCUUCUCCCUCUCAAUGAUCAUCAUCUCUUAUCUGUACAUCCUGUCUGCCAUCCUGAGGAUCCGUUCUGCUGAGGGUAGGCAUAAAGCCUUCUCCACUUGUACCUCCCAUUUAACAGCUGUCAGUGUAUUCUAUGGGUCCAUUACUUUUAGUUACCUUCAACCCAGUUCCAGCUACUCACUGGAGCAGGAAAAAGUCUCUUCUGUGUUUUAUUCCCUUGUGGUCCCUAUGCUGAACCCCCUCAUCUACAGCCUGAGGAACAAAGAGGUGAAGGAUACCCUAAGAAGGUCAAUAGCUGGGAAAAAAAUAUUUUAAAUAAUUGGAUUCUGGGGCUGAAUUUGAG